AUGGAGUCGCAAGACCGCGAGUCGAAUGCGCUUGUGCGCAAACGGACCGACACCGAACUGAUGCCGGCACCGCCGCCCGUGAAGAGGAUCAAGCGCCCAAAAAAGGUCAUAGACGAAGAUACCUAUACCGAUGCCCUCUCGCAGAUCAUCGCACGAGACUUUUUCCCCGGGCUUUUGGAAGCCGAGACACAGCAAGAGUACCUCGACGCCCUCGAAUCGAAGGACAGGGCAUGGAUAUCCAACGCUGGGCAGAGACUACAGCGCGUGAUGACUCCGGGGAGGCAAAGAUUAAAAAGGCCAGUGCCGUUCGAUAACGGAGGACGCACACCGUCAGCAUACGGCGUGGACACGCCGGUAUCAGUUGCAUCGACAGCGACCGAAGUGCCAAAGCCGGUUGUGGACACCAACAUGAGUCUCGUCAACUUCCAGGCCACCUAUACCAGCGAGGAUAACGAGAGCUUUUACAAGCUCAUGGACAAGCAAAACCAAAAGAAAGCCGAGAAGUACGCCUGGAUAUGGCGAGGAAACAAACUGCCAUCAAAUCAGAUGAUCAGGCAGGCCGAGGUCGAAGCAAAGUUAUUGGAGACGAGGAGUUUGACCGACGACGGAUGGAAGAGGGAUAGGCUGGCUAUCAAGGAUGUCGAUGACCGACCAGCAAGACCCGACAGUUGGAAUGCCAACCCGAAGAACGGCCUGAUGUUCGGACCAGACAGUGUGGAGGAUGAUUACGAGAGCCCGGCUCAGAAGGCCCAAGCCGCAUCCAGAAUGGCGCCGAAAUCGAUCAACUACCAGAACACGAGGAUACCACAGCCACCGAUUGUUCAGAGACCGACAUCUCCAACCAUGUCAGCCGUCAGAGACGCGAUUGCUGGGAAAACACGGAAAGAAGACCAGGCGUCCAGCGCCGUCGGGGGAGGAGAAACACCGAGGGUGAACGGGUAUGCGUUUGUGGACGACGAGGACGACGAAGAAGUUCCGCUAGCCCCCGUUAUCAACUUGGGUCCGGGCGACGCCACGCCGAAUCCUUUCAAGCUGCAAGAGCAAAGGGAGAGAGAAAGCCUGCAUCAUCGACUGGUUGAGCGUGCAGCGCAGUCCAAUAGAGAAUCUGCGAAAAACGGUCUGACAGGAAAGCCAGAGAGAACGCCAGUACCCAAGUUUCCGUCCAGUCCACGGGUCUCGGGCGGCCUGACGCCCGCCGCUCAACGACUGUGGAGCAAGAUUGGCAGUCCAAGACUUGGAAGUCCGGGCGAUCCUGCUAAGAAGGCAACGCCCAUGAGGGCAAGAGGCUCGCUCCUCAAGGGCGGGUCGUCUGUGAAAAGGUAG